AGAGCUUGUGUUCUGAAAAAUUAUCUUGAAUUGUUUAAUAUUGCCACGUUAUCUGCAUAACAAAUUGAAAACAAGGAACAGCAUGAUUAUUUAUACAAAUGAAGGUAAUCCAUUUGGAUUAAAACUGCUGUUAUUAGUGAAAUUUGCAGGAAAGGAAGCUGUACUCAAAAAAGUUAACCUUAACGAUCCAGCUAUAAAUGCAGUUAAACAGUUGCCUAUAUUAGAAUUAGAUUCAGGCAAGCAAUUAUUUUCUACUGAUGCUGCGGCAAGAUUUUUGUUCCCAAAAGAAGGAAAUACCGAUUUGCGUAAUCAGUGGCUUGAGUGGUCCACAAUAUUAUUAGCACCAGCUUUAGCACAUAAUAUGGGCGUAGGACAUAGAGCAGAUCCAAAUGCUUUGCCAUUAUUAAACUUCUUGGUUAAAAAAUUGGACGACCGCCUCCAAGAAUCUCCUUUUCUAGCUGGGGAAAAAAUAACAUCUGCUGAUUUAUCAGUGUGGAGUUUACUAGCACCAGAUGGGACUUUAAAAAAUGCCCAAAAUAUUGAUAAUUUAAUUAAUUGGUAUCGAAAAAUUAAAACAAUGAAAGAAGUUGAAGAAAUUUUAAAAAUUCAACCGUUAAAUGAGUUAUCGUUUGGCUCACUAAAAGAUUCUAAUAAAUUUGGUGGUUUACAUCAUAUUGUACUGCCUCAUAUUGAUGAUCAGUCUUCAAUUUUGGCGGAAACUAAUAGAAUAACAGAGACAAUUUCUAAUGAGGAAUUUGAAAUUGCAAAAGAUUCAUUUAUAUUUGUUGAUAAACCAGAAACAAAAGAACCUAGAACUGUUUUACCCAAGAAAAACGAAAGAAAUGUGCUAAUUACGUCAGCCUUACCAUAUGUGAAUAAUGUACCACAUCUGGGAAACAUUAUUGGAUGCGUACUUUCAGCAGAUAUUUUUGCGAGAUAUUCGCGCCUUUGCGGGUAUAAUACUUUAUACAUCUGCGGUACUGACGAAUAUGGUACUGCAACAGAAAAUAAAGCCCUCGCGGAAAAUUUAACCCCAAAAGAAAUUUGCGAUAAAUACUUUGAGUUACACAAUGCAAUAUAUAGGUGGUUUGGAAUUGGCUUUGAUUAUUUUGGAAGAACAACAACCAAGGAACAAACCGAAGUUGUUCAAAAUGCAUUUGAAGAAAUCAAUCGUGCAGGAUUUAUACAGAGAGAGAGUGUAGAGCAACUUUUAUGUCAAAAAUGUGAUCGCUUUUUAGCUGAUCGUUUUGUUGAAGGGACCUGUCCUCAUCCUGGAUGUGGAUAUGAAGAUGCACGAGGAGAUCAAUGUGACAAAUGCGGUAAAUUAGUCAAUGCCACAGAGUUAAUUCGUCCACGAUGCAAAGUUUGUAAUACUACGCCGGUUAUAAAACUGUCAGAACAGUUAUUCUUGGAUUUGCCUAAAAUCGAACCAAAAUUGCAUGAUUGGGUUGAAAUAAGUGACGUUGGCUGGACCCAUAAUGCUAAAGUAAUAACUAGAUCUUGGCUUAAGGAGGGGCUAAAGCCACGUUGUAUAACAAGAGAUUUAAAAUGGGGAAUCCCAGUUCCGUUAAAAGGUUUUGAAUCAAAAGUUUUUUAUGUAUGGUUCGAUGCACCAUAUGGUUAUGUGUCUAUAACUAAGCGUUAUACAAAAGAAUAUUUGCAAUGGUGGCAGCCAAAUAAUGAUGUCAAGGUUGAAUUAUUUCAAUUCAUGGCAAAAGACAACGUUCCCUUUCAUUCUGUAAUGUUCCCAGCUAGUUUGUUGGCUAUUGACAAAGGACAUACUCUUGUUUCUCAUAUAAUGGCAACCGAAUAUUUAAAUUAUGAAGAUGGCAAAUUUAGUAAAAGUCGUGGUAUUGGUGUAUUUGGAAACGAUGCUCAAGAUACAGGAAUACCAGCAGAUAUAUGGCGUUUCUACUUGGCUUGUGCAAGACCUGAAGGACAAGAUUCCAGUUUUAGUUGGAAUGAUCUAGGGGCAAGAAACAAUUCAGAUUUACUAAAUAAUUUAGGAAACUUUGUAAAUAGGGCUGCGGUAUUUUGUGAGAAAAAUUUUAAUUCACAAAUUCCCCAAAUGAAUUUAACUAACGAAGAAAUUCAAUUAUUGGCCUUAGUAAAUCGAGAAAUAAAAGGCUAUGUACAUUCUUUAGAAAAAGCAAGGCUCAGAGAUGGAAUUAGACAUAUAUUAUCAGUUUCAAGACAUGGUAAUCAAUAUAUGCAGUCCCAACAACCUUGGGUAUUAAUAAAAGGCACGGAUGAUCAAAAAAGUAGAGCAGCAACUAUCAUUGGAAUAUGUUGCAAUUUAUCUGCAACUUUAGGAGCAUUAUUGUUUCCAUAUAUGCCCAAUACAGCGAGAACUAUCUUUGAUCAACUAAAUGUUAAACAAUGGCACAUUGAACCGGAUUCACCAGUUCAAAGAAUGAUUCUGCGACCUGGACAUAAAAUUGGUAAACCAGCUCCCCUUUUUGCCAAAAUUGAACAAACCCGUAUUGACGAAUUAAAAAAGAAAUUUGGAGGUGUUCAAACUAGUGAAAAUAAUUCAAUACAAAAAUCUGAAAAGACUAAAAUGCAAUUCACUACAAUUGCUGAAGCCGAAGAGGCAAUUAAAAUUCAAGGGGAUAAAGUAAGAACUUUAAAAACCAAUAAAGUUGAAAAGGCUGUAUGGCAACCGGAAGUAGACAUUUUAUUAGAAUUGAAAAAACAAUUGGCUGUUAUGCAGCAAUCACAGGUUUCAAAUGGAAUAGCUCCUCAAAGUAAACCGUCAACAACAGAUAAACCUUCGGUUUCUGCUGAUAAAGUGAAAGAAUUGGAAGAAAAAAUUGCCAAACAAGGUGAAAAAGUACGUGAACUUAAAGCCGCGGGUGAUGCCUCCGUUUGGAAGCCGGAAGUUGAAAUUUUACUUGCAUUUAAAAAAGAAUUAUCAACAUUAACUGGUGUUCCAGAACCAGCUACUGGUAAAAGCAAAAAGAAGAAAUGAUGUCCAAUUAAGUGUGUCUCAACUCUGUGGACACCAAAUUACUAAAAACCGAAAGAAGAAACAUUAAAUCAAUCAUGAAAUCAUUUCUCAUCGUAAUUACAUAAUUCAUUCAACGCAAUAUGAAAAAUAUUUAUAUAAUGAAAUUUUGCUAAGCAUUAAAUAUUUUUAAUAUUUAUUAUUUGAUUUAAAAAUAUGCAUAUGUAUUAAAAAUCGCAAUGUUUUCUUUUUAAUAUAAAACAAAAACUUCUUGUUAAGGUUAAAUUAUUUAAAAUCAAAAAAAGCAUAUAAAAUUUAAAA